GUUUGUUUACGUAACUAUUUUGAUUGUUGCGAAUAAAAGAUUCCGUAGAACUCUGUGAAUAGAACCGGCAGAAUUGUUGUUUGUGCAAAGAUGUUUCUUUCUUUGCAUAUUUCCAAGGCCGCGUGUACACCGGCUUUUCGUUUAAUUAGCACUGGUCGCUUAAUGUCCGUGCCUUCUGAUGAUGGUAGAGGCAAACCACCGAUGAUUGAUUUAGAAGAUAAAUCAAUACCUAUUCCCGUCUAUAAAGAAAAGCAGAACGAGCCAUUGCACCUUCAAAAGUCCAGACUUCUGUAUCAAUCACGCAAACGUGGUAUGCUUGAAAACGGAUUGCUUCUGAGUACAUUUGCAGCUAAACAUCUAGAUGCCAUGAACGCUCAGCAAACGAAGUUGUAUGACAGUCUUAUUAACACACCUAGCAACGAUUGGGACAUUUUCUAUUGGGCUACUGGAGUCAAACCAACUCCACCGGAGUACGACAACGAAAUUAUGACGAAACUCAAGGAGCACGUAAAAAAUAGUGAUCGUGAGCAAAGGUUUCAUCAACCAAAUUUAAACUAGAAUAAAUUACAAACAAAAUUGUGUUGUAAAAAAUGAUAAUACAUUAUGUUUAAUCUUACUGUUGAAAUAUAUAUUUAAAAAUGUCAUCAACA